GCCCGCCUCACAAUCAUACUGGAAGCGACGUUGGGUGAGUUGCCAUCUUGCUCAACUUCAUUGUACCCUAUCUGCUGCUUCUCUCUGCCAUGAUUUUUUUCAUCUUCAUCUUCUUUUUUCCCCCUCAGUUAAUGGCCAUUGAGGCGCUAAUCCGAACAUCUAGACCUUGGCUCCUACAAAGCGUCAUGUGGUGGGGGAAUGGCAUAUAUCAUAAGUAUAUCACGGCAGAUCGUGCAGACAAACAAACAAGAGCCACGGGCAGCGUCACAAGAGGUACCCCAGAUUUCAUAGUCACGAGGCCCAAUAGAACUUCCUUUCACCACAAAGUCACGUCGUACAGCCCUAUCUCUGCCGCCUAUAACCGUUUUAAUCUAGCGAGUUGCUCCGUCUGACAAGGAUUCCUUCAGAUGCUUAUUAGACGUUUAUCUCAGCCCCAGUGGGCAAGCUGCAUGACAGUGACAACACAACGCUUGUUUGGACCAACGAGCGGUGCAGUUCACAGCCUCAUUUUAGGCUUCCCCU